AUGUCUACCGUGGCAGAGAGGCGAUUUCAACUUGAAAUUCACACGAGAGACCACAGAGAGGACAUGAUGCCAUCGAACGAAAACCUUCAAAGCGACACUAUUCGGGUAGACCCCGACCAGUAUGCCUUCAAGUCCCGUAGGAUUCGGGUGGUCUGCAUUGGUGCAGGUUUCUCUGGUCUCAUCCUGGCUCAUAAACUCAAGCACGAACAACCCCUGGAUUUCGUGGAUCUAACAAUCUACGAAAAGAAUAGCGAGGUUGGCGGCACAUGGCUCGAAAAUGUGUACCCGGGAGUUGGAUGCGAUGUGCCUGCGCACAGCUACAUAUUUCCAUUCGAGCCUAAUCCGUCAUGGUCUAAAUGUUAUGUCGGCGGGGAGGAAAUUGAGAGAUACAUUCUUGACACAGUGGAAAAGUAUGGACUCAAAGACCAGAUUGUGUUCAAUUCGAGAGUUGUGAAGUGCAUCUGGAAUGAAGACCGGGGCAAGUGGGCCCUUGAGCUUAGACAGAACCACAAGACUAUCAUUCAAGAUGAAGCGGAUAUCCUGAUCGAUGGUUCAGGUAUUCUCAACCGAUGGAGGAUGCCCGAUAUCACCGGACUAGAUCGAUUUUCUGGUAAGCUCGUCCACACAGCUGCAUGGGACAAGACCUACGACUGGUCCGGAAAAAGGAUUGCUGUUAUUGGCAACGGUUCAUCUGGACUCCAAGUUGUGCCUGCACUUCAACCUAAAGCCGCAAGGGUUGUCAACUAUAUUCGACAUCCAACUUGGGUAUCUGUCAAUUUGUGUCCCGAUAUUACCAAGGAUGGUAUGGGGACCAACUUUGAGUACACAGAAGAGGAGAAAGCUAGGUUUCGGAAGAACCCCGAGGGCUUUUUGGAGUACAGAAAAAAGAUCGAAAACUCUGUGAACACUGUUUACCGACUGAUGCUCUCCGGCUCGGAGCAUAAUCGCAUGUUGUCGACUGGGGUCGAGGGGCUCAUGCGACAACGCUUGAGCGGGAAUCCACACCUAGUCGAAAGGCUGGUCCCAAAAUUCGAGAUCGGAUGCCGUCGACUUAGCCCCGGCGAUGGAUAUCUCGAGGCAAUGCAGCAGCCUAAUGCAGAGUGGUGUUUUGAAGAUAUCCAGGAGAUUACCAAAAGCGGGAUUCGGACUACGAACGAUGAGCAAGACUUUGAUCUCAUUGUCUGUGCAACCGGAUUUGACACUACCUUCAUUCCGGGAUGGGAGUUAGUCGGCCGAGAUGGUCGACGGCUAGACUGGGAAUGGAAGAAAACCCCAGAAGCAUAUUUUUCCAUUUGUGCGGGUGGAACUCCAAACUAUUUCAUGUUUGCUGGCCCGAACUGCCCCAUUGGUCAUGGAAGCGUGCCACAAAUGUUAGCAUGGAGUGCUGAUUACAUGCUAAAAUGGAUCAGGAAGAUUGCCCGUGAAGAUAUCAAAUCAGUCGCAGUACAUGACUCGGCGGUUCGUGCCUAUAACCGACGCGCACAGGCAAACUUGAAAAACACCGUUUGGAGCAAGGGCUGCAAUGCGUGGAAGCAGGCUAUUGAGGAAAUUCGGGGGGAGGACUUUGAUAUCCGACAUACUACUUCGGAUCCUUUCUCGUAUCUCGGAAAUGGUGAACUUGAAUGGGAGAGAGCCGAGGCAGCUGACUUGUCAUUUUACCUAGCUGAGUAG